GACUGGACCGCGGCGGUAAAACGGAGCAGGACUCCGGCGUCCAAACUGAAUGAACUCCGGGAGCCGCGGUCUUUGUGAGGAUUAAACCGAUAUUGCGCGGAGUUGCACUCCUCCUCUUUUCCUCCCCCCCUCCUCUUUCCCCUCUCCUCUCCUCCCCUUCCCCAUCUCUCCCUCUCUCUCUUCUCACCCCUCCCUCCCCUGCCUGCUAAUUUUUAUGCAUUUUUCUAAACUGUCAUGGCGAUUUUGUGUCCUUGGAAAUAAAAAGCGCCAGUGUUUUUCGGGCUCGCGGGGAGGAUGUGUCGCCGGUGAGAGCGUGUGUCCGCUGUCCGGAGCAGGUAGCGGACGUGACGCAGAGGCUCCACCUCUGAACACUGUGUGACCGUGUCCGGUGUAGAGGCAGCAAGCCUCAGGGCGUGGAGGGUCCCUCGAAGCCCGAGGCCAAACCUGACGCUCCUCCUGGCUCCAUUGGUGCAUUGAUUGCUGUGCUCUGCUUCUGUACUGGAUUUCCCAGAGGUCGUCCGUCGGUCCAGUGAUGCAGUGAAGGGAUAGAAGAUGAAAAUACACAAGAAGGACAAGCAGCAGAUGUUUACUGGUCUCCUGAAGCACACGCCACCUCCGGCCUCCGCUGCAGCCGCCUCCUCCUCCACCUCGGACCAAAACAGCAACGCACAAACCACCGCUCCCACCAUCCCGCGGGGACACCUGGUCGUGGGAACCAAGGACCAGCUCCGCCUCCUCACCCCCGUGGGCAGCACGGCGACGUCCAAUCACUGCGCGGCGGCCGCCAAGCGCUCCGGAGGAGCUCCACGACCUCCCUCCUCUCUGAGCGAGGAGGAUGAUGGAGGGGGCGGAGGCAGGGUGAAGAAGAAACGAAAGAAAAAGGACAAGCGAGAACGGGAGCGAGGAGGAGGAGGAGCGGUGGAGGAAGAUGAGAGGGAAAGCAGCAGACCAAAGAAACGAAAGGAGGGGAGGGAGGCGCUGGUGGUCACACUGAGGAAAACCAGGGAGCCCAAGGAAGUCAAGGAGGCGAAGGAGCGGAAGGAGCGCAGGACCAAGGGGAGGGAGAGCAGGAAGGAGAGCGGAGCAGACCUCAAGAAUGUGGCAGCGGGGAGAGCAGCCGGCCCCGCCGUGGCCCCCGGACCCCCACAGGUCCCCGUGAAGGUGCCGGGCAAACGGGGACGGAAGCCCAAGAUCAAAGUCCUGCCUCCCGUACCUGCAAGUCAAGCGCCUCCAGGACUCCACGCUAAAGGCACAGGGCAUCUCCACGCUCGGAACUACGGCCAGGCCAACAGCAAGACCCCAGUGGCCUCGGCGCCGAAGCCGAGGGGGCGCAAACCCAGAGAUCCCGGCGCCGCGCCACCAGAGAAGAAGAAGAAGGGGAAGAGGAGAACCCAGGAGCCGAGCGUCCACGAAGGGGCGGACAGUGACGACACUACCUCAAUGUCAGCCCUGAACCUGGGCGGCGAGGACAGCCAGGACGCGCUGGACAACGCAAAGCGGCGUUCGGGACGACAGGUCAAGAGGAGGAAAUACAACGAGGAUUUGGACUUUAAGGUUGUAGACGACGAUGGCGAGACCAUCGCAGUUCUGGGAGCUGGUCGCAUCUCGGCGCUGAACGCCACGGCUCUGGCGUGGCAGGCGGAGGAGCCGCCUGAAGACGAGGCCAACAUCAUUGAGAAGAUUCUGUCUGUCAGAACGGUGAAGAAAGAGGACGAAGCAGAGGAGACAGAGGAGUUCUUUGUCAAGUACAGAAAUUUUUCCUACUUGCACUGUAAAUGGGCCACGCUAGAAGAACUGGAGAAGGAUCCUCGAAUUCACCAGAAGAUCAAACGCUUCAGGACGAAACAGGCCCAGAUGAAACACCUGUUUACAGAGCCCGAUGACGACUUGUUUAACCCAGACUACGUGGAGGUGGAUAGAGUGCUGGAGGUGGCUGUCACCACAGACACUGAGACCGGAGAGGAGGUGACCCAUUACCUUGUUAAGUGGUGCAGUCUCUCGUACGAGGAGGCGACCUGGGAACUGCAGGAGGACCUGGACCCGGAGAAGAUCAAGGAGUUUGAACAGAUCCAGAAGCUACCGGCAGACCUCAGGCACAUGGAGCGUCCGCUUCCUGAGAAAUGGCAGAAGUUGGAGCGCUCCAGAGAUUACCGCAAUGGAAACCAGCUCCGGGAAUAUCAGCUGGAGGGAAUGAACUGGCUGCGGUUCAACUGGUACAACAGAAAAAACUGCAUACUAGCAGAUGAAAUGGGUUUGGGAAAGACCAUCCAGUCCAUAACUUUUCUCUAUGAGAUCUUCACCAUGGGGAUUCGAGGGCCCUUCCUCAUCAUCGCCCCCCUCUCCACCAUCACCAACUGGGAGAGGGAGUUCCGCACAUGGACACACAUGAACGUCAUUGUGUAUCACGGCUCACAGAUCAGCCGUCAGAUGAUCCUGCAGUACGAGAUGUUUCACAGAGAUGCACAGGGUAACACUAUCCCAGGCGUGCUGAAGUUCCACGGGUUGAUCACCACCUUUGAGAUGAUCAUGGCUGACUGUCCAGAGCUGAGGAAGCUGCACUGGCGCUGUGUGGUGAUCGAUGAAGCUCACAGACUGAAGAACAGAAACUGCAAACUGUUGGAGGGACUGAAACUCAUGAACCUGGAACACAAAGUUCUGCUGACAGGAACGCCUCUCCAAAACUCGGUGGAGGAGCUGUUCAGUUUGUUGAACUUCCUGGAACCGCAGCAGUUUCCUUCAGAGAGCACAUUUCUGGAAGAGUUUGGAGACCUGAAGACCGACGAGCAGGUUAAGAAGCUUCAGGCCAUUUUGAAGCCCAUGAUGUUGAGGAGAUUGAAAGACGAUGUAGAAAAAAACCUGGCACCUAAAGAAGAAACCAUCAUAGAGGUGGAGCUGACCAACAUCCAGAAGAAGUACUACCGAGCCAUCUUGGAGAAGAACUUCUCGUUUCUGUCCAAAGGAGCGAACCAGCACAACAUGCCCAACCUCAUUAACACUAUGAUGGAGCUCCGCAAGUGCUGCAACCACCCGUACCUUAUCACAGGAGCUGAAGAGAAGAUUCUUGAAAGCUUCAGGAAGAGCCACAGUCCAGAUGCACCAGACUUCCAGCUGCAGGCCAUGAUCCAGGCUGCAGGUAAGCUGGUGCUCAUUGACAAGCUGCUGCCCAAACUGCUCGCUGGGGGACACAAGGUCCUGGUCUUCUCCCAAAUGGUUCGCUGUCUGGACAUCCUGGAGGACUACCUCAUCCAGAGACGCUACACGUACGAGCGCAUCGACGGCCGCGUGCGAGGGAACCUGCGCCAGGCGGCCAUCGACAGAUUCUGCAAGCCAGACUCGGACCGCUUCGUUUUCCUGCUGUGCACCAGAGCAGGAGGCCUGGGAAUCAACCUGACAGCCGCCGACACCUGCAUCAUCUUCGACUCGGACUGGAAUCCUCAGAACGACUUGCAGGCCCAGGCACGCUGCCACCGGAUCGGCCAGAGCAAAGCGGUGAAGGUCUACAGACUCAUCACCAGGAACUCGUACGAGAGGGAGAUGUUUGACAAAGCCAGUCUGAAGCUGGGGUUGGACAAAGCUGUCCUCCAAGACAUCAACCGCAAAGGCAACCUCAACGGGGUGCAGCAACUUUCUAAGCUGGAGGUGGAGGACUUGUUGAAAAAAGGAGCAUAUGGAGCUUUGAUGGAUGAAGAAGACGAAGGUUCUAAGUUCUGUGAAGAAGACAUUGAUCAGAUACUUCAGAGACGGACUCAAACCAUCACUAUCCAGUCUGAGGGCAAAGGCUCCACAUUUGCAAAGGCCAGUUUCAUCUCGUCUGGUAACAGGACGGACAUUUCUCUAGACGACCCCAACUUCUGGCAGAAAUGGGCCAAGAUUGCUGAAGUGGAGAUUGACUCCAAGUCUGAGAAGGAGUCGCUGGUGAUCGACACGCCGCGGGUGAGGAAGCAGACCCGUCACUACAACUCCUUCGAGGACGACGAGCUGAUGGAGUUCUCGGAGCUAGACAGCGACUCAGAGGAGCGGCCCUGUCGGACCCGUCGCCUCGGCGACCGCAGCCGCCGCUACCUCCGCGCCGAGUGCUUCAGGGUCGAGAAGAACCUGCUGAUCUUUGGCUGGGGUCGGUGGAAAGACAUCCUGAAUCACGGCCGCUUUAAAUGGCACCUGGCAGAGAGAGACAUGGAGGUCAUCUGUAGGGCUCUGCUUGUUUACUGCUUGAAACACUACAAAGGCGAUGACAAGAUAAAGAGCUUCAUCUGGGAUCUGAUCACACCCUCCAAAGAAGGCCAGGACCAGUCGCUGCUCAAUCACUCUGGCCUGUCGGCCCCGGUUCCGCGGGGUCGGAAGGGGAAGAAGCUGAAGAACCAGCUGAAUGUUCCCGAGCUGAAGAACGCAGACUGGCUGGUCCACUGUAACCCUGAGGUGGUGCUGCAGGAUGAGAGCUACAAGAAGCACCUCAAACAGCACUGCAACAAGGUGCUGCUGAGGGUGAGGAUGCUGUACUACCUGAAGGUGGAGGUUUUGGGUGAAGCUGCCAAUCAGGCCGUUGAGGGGGAACCUGCCAGUAAACUUGAGGUGGCGCUGCCAGACAUCGACUACAUAGAGAUCCCAGCGACGUGGUGGGAUGCAGACGCUGACAAGUCUCUGCUCAUAGGAGUCCACAAACACGGAUAUGAGCGGUACAACGCCAUGCGUGCCGAUCCGGACCUGUGUUUCCUGGAAAGGGUUGGGAUGCCAGACGUCACGGCGCUGUCUGCUGAACACGGCGGAGGCGGAGGGGAGGCGGCCCCCGACACCACUGACAGUGUUUGCAAAACUGAAGAGGCCAAGGACGACACCGAAGGCAAAGCUGAUGGAGGGGAGGACAGAGACGAGAGCAGCAAGGGAGAAGAAACUUGCUCCAGCACUGAUACUUCAGACAAACCUGACAGUACAGGAGCAGACUCUCAGAUGUCCGGCGACUUGUGUGCCCAGGAUGGGACUCUAGUCACCACGACAACCGCAGGAACUGGAAGCGGCGUGGCCUCUCUACAUGUGGUCCAGGCCCGCCCCCUGUGGCCCAGCGGGCCCGCCCUGACGGCCCGCCUGCGCCGCCUCAUCACCUCCUACCAGCGCUUCACGCUGCGCCGCGAGCCUCUCCUCAGGCACGAGUUCCUGCUCCACGACAGCCUGGUGGGCAUGGGCAUCGGAGGAGCCGUGGCUCACGGGCACCACGGCGCCGGGCCGCUGGCGUGGCAGCUGGGCGAGGAGCUGAGGAGGUGUUCUGUGGUCGCCACAGAACCCGACCCCCUGUUCCUGGAGUGGCAGAGGAGGUGGACUCGUCGUGAGCAGGCGGAUUUCUACCGCACCGUCUCGUCGUUUGGGGUCGUGUACGACCCAGAGAGGAAGGCCUUCGACUGGUCCCAGUUCAGGGCACUGGCUCGACUGGAGAGGAAGACGGACGAGAGUUUGGAGAGAUACUUCAACUCCUUCGUCAACAUGUGCAGGACGGCCUGCAAGCUGCCUCCCAGGAAGGAAGAAGGCUUGGUGGAUCCUAGUGUCCUGGUGGAGCCGUUGACAGAAGAGAGAGCAGCUCGGACUCUGUAUCGCAUUGAGCUGCUACGAAAGAUCCGAGAGCAGGUUCUCCGUCACCCGUUGCUCUCGGCCCGCCUCCAGCUGUGCCGCCCCUCCCUCUACCUCCCGGUCUGGUGGGAGACGGGCAAACACGACCGAGACCUCCUCAUCGGCGCCGCGCGCCACGGCUUGAGCCGCACUGACUUCUACAUCCUCAACGACCCGCAGCUGAGCUUCCUGGAGGCCCACAGGAACUACGUGAGGGGGCAGCCCUCCCACCUGCUCCCCAGUCACCCUCACCCCCACCACCCGGGCUUGGUGACGCAUCCUGGCAUCUCGUCCGUGUCCUCGUCUCAUCCGCAGUUGCCACAUCCACACUGCUGUUUGUACGAGUCGGGACUGGCCCGCCACUCCCCUCAGCCUCCCGACUACCCCCACCUGUCCUCCCACAAUCAUCACCAACAGCAUCACUCUGUGCCUUCACCAGCGCCUUCCUCUUCCUCCACCUCUCACCCUCAUCUCCACCCUUCACCCCUUGAUGCUCACGAAUCGUCCUCACCGAGCCUGGGAAUGGUUCCUGGUUCAAGGGGAGAUUUCCUGGACUGUCCUCCUCUGGAUGAAACACUGGAGCUGAGCUCCCUGCAGCACGACGCCAUGUCUACAGAUGCUUUACAUGGAGGGAAAACAUCCAAAGAUGCCCUCAAUGGUUUCCCAUUCAACUCCGCUGCAGGAGGCCAAAGCAUGCUCAACUCGUACGGUGUCGGGGGAACAGAUUUGGAUUCCAAACUGAGGAGCGACGUGCUUGUUGGUGAGCAGGGCUCCUCUGAGGAAACGGGGCUGAUGGCGCCGUCAGUGGAGCUGGAUCAGUUACAGGCUCCCUGGGACAGUACAGACCACACCAGUCCUGUUCACCACAUGUUCAACGAAUCGGAUCCAAUCCUGGGUCCGUCUGCGCUGGAGACAGGCUUUUUGGAGGAGGAAGAUGAGGAGGCACAGAGGGCAGAUGGAGCAGGGGAGGAAGGUGGAACUCUGGAGGAAUGUCUAGGCCUCCCGCCUCCAUCCUCUCCUUCCCACCCCUCUGCAGGUGCAGAGGUUGAGCCACUGUCCUCGAGUUACAUGCUCUUCAAGGACAUUGGUGUGAGUGAAGAACCAAGUGCAGAUCAAACGGACCUCUCGGCCAGCCCCCCUCCACCUUAUGUCCCCCCUCCUGCACUUUCUCUGUCUGACAUCACUGGCCAUGAGCCACAGGAAAGGCUGGGCCAGUCUGAUGUUGCAGAGAGCUUAAACCAUCCUGAGGAGGACCAGGGAGAAGGUGCAGGGUUUGAAUUUGAUGACAAGGAUCAGGAACAAGGCAUUGGAGACUUGUCUAUGGCGCAGAAUGUGAGAAAAGAAAUAGCUGGGAGUUUGGAAAUGGAUCAGUCAGGUGCCGACCACGUUCAAGACUUGGAGGUCCUAAGUCCACAUGGGGAUGCAACAGAGCAGGAGCCGGAUUUGGGGGUCCAGAACGAGAGGAUGGACAUGUCAGACCAACUGUCUGCAGACCUCCAGCAGAGCUUUGUGCCAAUGGAACAUAAAACGGACCUUACUCAGGAGGUGCACCCUUUUCUUGGAAAGCUUGAACGGUGCCCAGAGUCCAUUGAGGAACCUGAGGAGGAGGUGGACAGGCUCAUCUUGUAUCAGGCAGUAGAGGAAGUAUCAAUGGAAAACUCAGUUGAACCUGGGACCAUGAUGGGAGACGUAUCUGGAGAGUUCUUGCAAGAGAGAGACAUUGCAGGAAAUUCUGGAGAGGAAGAUUCACCGGAGGACUUGGAGCUUGCAGAUCAAGUGGAUGAGGUCUCAGAAGGACAGAUGGGCCACAUGUCACUAGCUGAAGCAUGUAAUGAAGAGACUGAUAAAGCAGUGAAAGAGCUGAACACCAAGUCAUCUGAGAUGGAGCUGGGCAGUUUUUACUCUGAAUGCACGCAGGCCCCCUGCCCUUCUGCUUCUCCCUCAUCACCUGCAGGACCAUCACAGUCCAAUGGGACCACUACAAAGAGCGGAACCGCUGAUGGAGUUCAACCUGACGUUUCCGGGGAUCAGGAAGACAACAAGAGCCUAUUAUUCUCUUUUCAGGACAAAGACAGCCGGGACCCAAAACCAUUGGAUCUUAAAUUUUCCAUUUCGCCACACGGUGCUGGUGAGAAAAAACUGGAGCAGUUUGAAAUGCCGAUCAAGGUAGAGAAGACAGAAGAGAAGAUGGAGGGGGCGUUAACGACAUAUCCAGACACUUCGGAAGUCAAACAUUCGAGGUUUCUCGCUUACGCUGUGAAGUCAGAAGGCUUGGUAGCUAAAUGUGAGCAGUUCGACUUCCAGCAGGAAAUACUGGACUCCAAACCUGAAGACCUAAGCCUUCCUGUGAAACCAGAGAGCUUUGAUAUGAAACCAGAAAUUCUCCACUUUGGAGAAUUCUCCGAUGGCAACGAGAUCAAAGCUGAAACCAAACCUGCAGUUCUAGGGGUCGAGACAAAAGCGGAAGGUUUACGGUUGACGGCUUUUCCUGACAUGGCUGCCGUCAAGCUUGAAGCCAAGCCGGAGGGCCUGGAGCUCGGAGCCUACCCAGACAGCUCUGAGGUCAAACCUGAGGCCAAGCCGGAGGGCCUGGAGUUCACGGCGCUGCACCAGAUCAAGGCGGAGGCGAAGCAGGAGCUGCUGGAGGCAGACAGCACCGUCCUGACCCCCAAGCUGGAGCAGGCGGACGCGCUGGUGGACGGCCCGGCAGUGAAAGGCCAAGUGAAGGAGGAGAGGCCUAGUUCACCAGUGCCUGUCAUGGAGGGAUAUGCAGGAAGCCCGAGGUUUGCAGCUCCCUUGUCCAUGUGUGAGAUUCAGAACAGUCUCCACGACUCCAAGGAGCCAACCAUCGCUCAGCUGUUGCAGGAAAAGGCCUUUUACUCCUUCUCUGAAUGGCCAAAGGACCGAGUGAUCAUCAACCGCCUGGACAGCAUCUGCCACGCCAUCCUGAAGGGGAAGUGGCCCUGGCCUAGUGAGCAGCACGACUCUCCCGGCUCCCUGGGGGCCAACUCCUGCCUGUCCAGCAGCUUAGCCCAGCAUCACGCCCACCGGCCGGGUUUCCUCCCCACCUCAGCCUCCAGCUCGGCCCCAGGCCAGGCCCGGGUUCAGCCGGCCAGCCCCGCGCUGGGCUUCUCCAUCCCUCCCCCCCUCACCCGACUGCCAAAGUACAUGUCGCGGGGCGGCGCAUGUGGGCGCGGAGCUUGGCGCCUCACCUCACUGCCUCUCUUGCAGGAGAGGCUCGUGGCUCCUCCUUUCCUCCCCGAGCUCAAACGCGCGGGAGGUCGGAGGGCCUUCGAUUACGAAGCCGCCGCCGCCGCCGCGGCCAAGGUGUUGGCUGGGAAGGCGGCGCCUCCGUGCCACCCUGCUCCCAACGCAGGCUCCGCUGGCGAGAAGGUGCCGGUGGUGGCGCCGCCCUCGCACCGCACGGGAGCCAUGUUGAUUAACGGUUGGCAGGAGGCGGCCAUUGAUCUAACGAAGUCCUCCGGAGAGGUUAGCACCACCAGUGGCGCUGGGACCGGGGAAGGCGUGGCUGCGCCAGCGGCCGGGGGCGGCGGCCACAAGCUCCCACCGCCGCCCAUCACGGCGCCUCUGUCGGGCUCUGUGGGGAUCGACAUGGCCGGGAUUCUGCAGGCUGGACUCAUCCAUCCUGUAACAGGGCAAAUAGUUAAUGGGAGCCUGAGGGGAGAUGAUUCAUUGAGGAGGAGGAGGGGGCGCAGGAGAAACGUGGAGGCUCUGUACUCUGAGUUCACCAAGAGCAGAGGACUGCACCUCCCUGAGACACCGGGCCGAGUGGAGGUGAUCAGCCACUCGUCCGUCUCCUCCUCCACCUCCUCUCCCUCCCCCUCCCCCUCAGAGCGACCCGCAGGUCCUCCCACUCCCUCCUCCUCCUCUACUCCUACCCCCACCCAGACCCCUCCUCAGCCAGAGAUCGUGGCCAUUGACCGAGAGGCAGCGAGUAAAGGCCUCAUCGAGUGGCUGCGGCAGAACCCGGGCUACAGCAUGGACCUCCCAGGAUUCACCCAUUCGGGAGCAGGUCUGUUACAUGGGUUCGUGGAGCGUCCCAAGCAGAGGAGGCACCGCUGUAAAGACCCCACAAAGCUGGAUAUCAACUCCCUGACGGGGGAGGAGAGGGUUCCUGUUGUGCACCGAGGCACCGGCCGCAGGCUUGGUGGUGCUAUGGCUCCGGCCAUCAAGGAGCUUUCCAGGUGGCUUGAUGCCAACUCAGAGUACUAUGUGGCUCCAGACUGGGCGGACGUGGUCAAGAACUCUGGUUUCCUCCCCGAGGGCAAGUUUUCCCGGAUCCUGACGGAACCUGUCAACAGAGAUCCCAACUCCCGGCGCCGCGGGCGUCGGCCUCGCAGCGAGAUGCCAAAGCCCCUGCUGUCCAUGUCCGACGCGUCCUCAGCCGGCCUCGGGCCCCCGCUCUUCAUGAACGGCGGGUUGAUCGGCAGCAUGGACUCCAUGGUGGCCAUGCAGAACCUCCGCGGGGGUAUUCCUGGAAUUCCCAUCUCCGGGAUCAUGGCGGCUGGGUUCCCACACGGCUUCCAGGCGGGUGGAGCCGGAGCAUCCGUGGAAGACGCCAAGAACGGGUUGAGCAUGUUACCCAUGAUGCUGCAUGGCAUCCCUCACCCCCAUGGGGCUGCACUGCCGCAGCACGCCUUGUUCAGUGUUGGCACAAUGAUGACGCACACGCCUCCACCCCCCCCUCACCCCAGCGCCUCCUCCUCCUCCUCCUCACUGUCGGCUGCGAAGGUCACCACAACAACUGCACCCUCGACAUCCGACGCCGGCAGCCCCUCGUCGACGACGCCUGUUGAGAGAGAGAGCGCCUCAGUUUCUGGUGGUGAACAUGAGAAGAGCCAGGAGGAGAAGGGAGGUCUGGAGGUCAACAAGCGAGCAGGAGCCGCGGAGGCAGCAGCUCUCAUCACCUCCACCAGCAGAGCUCACAUCAGCUCAGCGCACCUCGGCGCCGGCACCGGCAGCCACCUCACCUUCAACCCCUUCCUGAUCCCAGGCAUGUCCCACGGCCUGCUGUACCCACACAUGUUCCUGCCACACGGGGGCAUCAUGGCGUUGCCUGCGAUGCCUCCUGGAGCCGUGGACGGUUCGCCAGGAAGCCCGAAGAGGAGAAAGAAGAGAGCGCGGGAGGAAGGGGACAGGGAGGAGGACAAGGACAAGGUGGUGACAGGGGAGGUAGAGGAGAGAGAAAGUACAGUUAAGGCCAGUGUUGAGCCCCACCCAGGCCCCGCCUCCUCUCCCUCCACCCCCCCUACCUCAGCUCCAGACCCAGGUCCCCCUCCUGCUGAAGAGCUCCACUCUCCACUCACUGGGUCGGCAGAUGGAGAGGACGGGCCCUCAGAGCCCCAGGAAGCAGACUCUCUCAACCAUCCAGAGGGAGCGGCGACAGAGGAGCCGGAGCAGCGUUUGGAGGCGACACGGGGGGAGAGACCGGACGCUGGCGAGCAGAGACGGGUGGAGGGGGAGGACGCAUAGACCCCCCCGUCCCUUCUGUCGCCCUCUUCCUCGGACACGCAACAGUGUAAAGUUUGUGCCGUGUCUGUCAGUCCAUGUUCAUGUAAAGACUUUUAUUAUGAUGAUGACUAAUAACAAUAAUUAUAUUCAGCUUGGUCAUGUUUAUAUACCAGAACCCAGCCACUCUCCACUCCCUCCUUGUAUACAAAAAACUAGUGUAAGAAAGGAUCUCCUGUGUAUUCGUCCCCUUCAUUCUACAUUGAGACUGAGUCGGGAAGGACGCUUCAGCAGAGUCUGAACCCGAGCUGUUGGUCAGCGAUUCGCUUCGAGACACCAACCGUUCAGCGUGUUGGUUUUGGACGCACAACAACGCCUCUUGUGUUUGCACAGACUGGAAUAUGACGGGAGGUGGUUGUCAAAGCCUGAAUCUAUGAGGCGCAGCCGAGCACAUGAAAUGUUGAAGGUCAAGAAUCAAGAAUGGAGCUUGUUCGCCUGCGUACUGUCCAGUUGUUUCAACGCCACUACAUUACAUGUUUGUUUGUUUCUGUUUUUGUGCAAUGUAAAGGAAACCCAACAUGUCGACUAAGCUAAUGUGGACGUUUGUCCCAUGAGUCUGACCCCGCGUUCCAUGAACAUAUGACACUAAACAUUAAGCUAAUGGAAACCACCUCUUUCACAAAAACCCGUCACAGCAAACACAUUUCCCAGUGAGGCCCUUUUAAAAAUGUCUGAAUCUGAUUCGAGCUGCUGACUCUGACAAAUACUACGUGCUCUGCUUCUCUCCUGGGACCGAAGCGCUAGCGUCGGUUUGAAGACCAGGCGAGGUGAAAGGUUCAGUGGCAUCGACUGCCGGUCUGCUCUUCAAACUGGCGCUCUGGUAUUUUUAGGC